AUGCUGGGAAUGGCGGUGGAACGAGUGACGGCAAUGGUACUCGUCGAGAGAUACGACGAGAUGUGGAACGAGAAGCCGACUCUCGGAUAUGCAUUGAUUGGAAUCACGAUCACCCUAUCUUUGACGAUUAACACCGGCAUGUACUUGUCAUUUAUUCCAAAAAAUUACGCCUACGCCUCGUUGGGACUUGUCUUUUGCACUACUGGAUUGGCGUUCUCAAUGCUGCCCAUUGUUGCGCAUCGAGCUUACAAGAAAGUGAAAGGAAAACGAGAUGCUACAGUUCUUCAAAGAUUCGAAACCGGUCGCAAUCUUCAAGCAGCUCGAAUGCUGAUGUACUUGGCACCAUACAAGGUAACAACCACCCUUCUCUCCCUCACGAUCUAUUUCUUCAUCUACGAGAAAGUCGAGAUUUCUCUGAUGCCUUUGUGUGCUCAAUGCUACUGGUUUUACAAUAUUUUACAGGUAUUUUUCCAAAUGUUAUUGGCGAUUUUGUGUCACUCGUGCCUCAAAGAUGAGCUCUAUUUGUUGAUGGGGAAAAGAAGGAAAAAUGAGAAGAGAAGAAUCGAAGAUGUGCGAACUGUUGCCGGUGAGGCUAUGAUCUUCGAUCGGGAAAAGGCUAAUCUUCUGUACUUUGAGAGCUUAAAGGCAGCGUGGAACGUGCGCGAGCCACCCCCUGCAACUUUUCUUGAAAUCGGGCAACAAUCGAGACAAGUCGCGUUGAAUACGACAAGAUCCUUAAUGAAAAAGAUCGUAGUUCAAGAAGAAAAAGACGAGAAAAGAAUAGAAUUAGUCGACAAUGCCCCGCCAAUUUUCCUUGUCAACGAUGAAAGAGUAACAGAAGCGGAGAUAAUCGCUGCUCAAAUCGUAAACGGGAUUCUCGUGCAGGCUCUCCAUCACUUUGACGCCUCGACGACGAGCUCUCUACUUGAAUUUACGACUUCAAAAGAAAUCAGGGAUCUUUGCAAU